UUAAAUUUUGCUGCACAUUAAGUGCAAUUGCAGUAGAUGACAAUGAAAUAACAAUACAUGUAGCAGCACCAUUUCAUUGCUGCUGCAGCAGAUGAAUGAACUGAAAAUAUGGGCGUACAAAUGUAUGUGUGUCUAUAAAUAUUGUACUAUUCAUUCAAGAAACUAAAACACACGAAACUUGUGAUUCCAACAGAAUUUAUGUUUUGCAGCCCACAUUUGGCCGUAAUAAUCGCCCUCACCAAGACUGCGGUAUCAUGCUAUGCAACUACUACAACUUGCUAUAAAAUAUUUAUGUGUUGCAGUUUCGAUAUUCAAAAGGGUUUUUCUCCAAUGUUAAUGAUUAAGUUGCUGCAGGUAGAUGAUGGAGCGACAGAGCAGCAGCCUAGUGGUGCGGUUGCUGGGGAGUUCGGCGAGCUACAUGAGGAGGUUCCUGUUCCGCGUGCUGUCGGUGGGACCGGUGCCACACCACGUGGCGUUCAUCCUAGAUGGGAACCGGAGGUUUGCCCGGAAGUGGAAGAUGGAAGACGUAAUGGGGUACAGGGCGGGGUUCCUGUCCCUGAUGACGCUGAUCAAGUGCUGCUAUGAGCUCGGGGUGAAGUACAUCACCAUCUACGUGUUCAGCAUCGAGAACUUCAAGAGGAAGCCCGACGAGGUGCGGUCUGUGAUGGACCUGAUGCUGGAGAAGAUCGAAGGGCUGCUCAAGGAAGAGAGCAUUCUGGAGCAGUAUGGAGUGAGGGUGGAGUUUGUGGGGAAUCUGAAGCUCUUGAAUGAGUCAGUCAGGAUUUCAGUAGAGAAGGCCAUGAAGGCGACGGCUCGUAAUGACCGGGUCAUUCUGGUGGUGGCCGUCGCCUAUACUUCAACGGAUGAGAUGGUGCACGCUGCUGAGCAGUGCUGCCAAAACAAGAGUGUUGAUGGAAAGCUUGUGGAGGUAGCAGAUGUGGAGAGGCACAUGUACAUGGCGGGCGUGCCUGAUCCGGACAUUCUUGUGCGCACCUCAGGAGAGACGCGCCUCAGCAACUUCCUGCUCUGGCAGACUUCUAACUCGCUGCUGUAUUCGCCUAAGGCGCUGUGGCCGGAAGUUGGGCUGCACCACCUCAUCUGGGCGGUCUUGAACUUCCAGAGAGUCCAACCUUACCUCCGCACUAGGAGGAACUACCUACCUUUGUCUACUCAGUAAUAAGGAUUUUCAUUUGCCUUAAUAAUUAUAUCAACAUCAAAUGAAAUAAGAUUACAAAAGAGGAACUGGAACUGAGGCUUACAACUGGGUGAUUAUAUAUAUAGAAAAUAAGAGAGUGGGUACAUAUGUAUCAGCUAAAUAAACUGUGUUUCACAAUGAAAGAAUACAUAACAAUAGUAGCAGUAUGGCUACAGAGUUGCUGAAUGUAGCUAAAA